AUGAAUAAAGGCACAAAACGUGUCGUUAAUGAUAUUGGUAACUAUUAUCUCUCUAUUCAAAUAUUUAAACCAAACAUUUUAUUGAUUAUUAUAGAAUUUGAUUCAUCAUUAAUGAAACAUGUUCGUUAUAAUGUAACUUGUUUACUUGACUUACCAGAUGAAAUGUUUCUUCUAAUAUGUCGUUAUCUGACACCAGUUGGUGUUCUGUAUUCAUUUUAUACUCCUGAAAGAGCUGAAUGUCGUCUUCAUCGUAUUAUUUCUGAUUAUUAUACAAAAAUAAAACUUGAUAGAAUAACAAAUAAUGGAUUUAUGUAUUUAGCAAAUUUAUUUGCUUAUUCAACAAUUCCUCUUCGACCUCAAUCAUUGACAUUAAGUAAUGAACAUGUAACUUGUUUAAUACAACGUUAUUUUAAUGAUAUGAAUAUAAAUACAAUCAAUUCAAUUUUUACCAAUCUGAGAUCUCUAACAUUAAUUAAUUGUUUUUCAGUUGAUCUUGAUAUUCUUGCCAAAUUUUAUUUGAAUAUGACACAAAUUGAAUAUCUUCAUAUUACUUUUCGUAGAAUUAGGGAUGAUAUGAAAUUUCGUGUGAGAGAAAGAUGUGAUGCAACAAUCAAUCAAUUCUUAUUUAAUAAACAAAUCUCUUCUUUACAUCAAGUUAUCAUUGAUGUACCAGAUGGACUUGCAUUGCAUAAAACAUUAAUACCUAAUCAAUAUCUUAAGAAUAUUGAUUUAGUUGUGGAAACUGUCGAUGAUUUAUAUGUAUUACUUAGUGGACUUGUACCGAAUAUAGAAAAAAUGAUUAUUCGAUUACGUCGAUCACGAAUACUCUCUCGUCUUCGUCCUCGAAGUUUGGCAUCAUAUCUUCGAUUAACUGAAUUUACAUUACUGGAAGCUGGUAUUGGAUUUAUUAGUGAUGAUAUUAAAUCUAUUCUUGGUUAUAUGAGAGUUUUAUUGAAAUUAACAUUAAGUAUUCGUGAUACAUCUGAUCCAACGUUUUGUCAUGGUGCCAAAUUUGAAUCAAUAUUAAUUGAAUAUUUACCAAAUCUUUGUCAAUUUGAUUAUACAAUGACACAUAGAAUUGGAAAUGAAACAUUAUUUCAAGAUUUUAUUGUAUGGCCAAUGAAUGGCGUUUUUUAUGAAGAUGAAAAUUGUGAAUGGGUACAUAUCUAUUCAUUACCAUGGCCAUCAAAUAAAUAUGAUAAUCGAGAAUUACCUAUUGUAAAAAAUCAAUGUAAUACAUCAGUUACAUCAGAUGUUACACAAGAUGAAUAUAUAAAAGAUGUUAUGAUUACAAAACCGGAUGAAUUAUUUGAAUUGAGGACACGUUUUCGUCAUGCUUUUCAAAUAAGAACAUGUUUAUCAAUUGAUACAAUAUUGACAUCACGAAUUUCUAAUGUGAUUCUUACAGAACAAACUCGUAUAACUUCAAUGAAUUCCAUGAUCCAACCUUUUGUUCGUCAUUUAAUAGUUGAAUGUCGUUUAAAUGAUGAAAGAGAAAUUUAUCUUCUUGCUCGUCAAUUUCCGCAUGUUGAAUAUUUAAAAUUAUUAUUUCCAUUUGAAAAAUCUUCAUUUAUUCGUUGUUUUCAAACGUUAUUUAGUGUUGAUGAAAGUAUUAAUGCGAAUCGUCGUCUUUGGCGUAAAUUAAUAAACGUUUCAAUUGAAUUCUCUAAUAACGAAUUAAAUCUAAUAUUAGACGAUAAUGAUUUUCAUCGUUGGCUUAUUAGAAAUACUGAUUUCAAAUUUGUUUCAUCCAGGUUUUAUCUUAAUUAUCUCAAUACAAUCCUUUCUAUUUGGUUUUGA